CAAGCUAUGUUCAGCAUGUUUGCGUAGCUGAGACAGAAAGAAGAGUUUGGCUUCUGUCACGACGAGGAUUAUUUGAGCAUGCUGUGCUUUUCUGGCUAGACUUGCAAGGUUUUGCGGUGCUGAGUGCUUUCACGCCAUGAUGGUGUCACACGGGAGCAUGUUGGAGGUCCGCGACUCCAAUCUCUCCAUUGCAGAAGGCAAAAACAGCGGCAGUGUCCACAUGGCACUUUCGAGUGAAAUGUUGGGAUUUGUAGAGACGUCUGCAGAACCUGAUGCAGUUAAUACAUGUAAUAUCCGUUCGCCAACAACAGCUGGUUUGGGUAGAGUUCCAGAGCACGAGAAGAGCAGUACUGCAGAUCCAACUGAACCUGAGCAACGACAACCUGUGGCAGAAGAUUGUGAUGUUGCUUCCUUUCUGUCGUGUGUAAAGACGGUUGCGGAGAACUUUGUUGUGUUGCGGAAAGUCGGGGGAGGUACAUUCAGCACCGUAUACCUUGCUAACCCUAAAGAACAACCUGACACUCUAUUAGCACUGAAACACAUCGUACCCACCAGCUCACCACGCCGUACUGAAAAUGAACUAUCCUUCCUUCAUCAACUUGGCGGUAAACACAAUAUUGUUCCAGUUCUGGGAUGUAUUCGAGAGAAUGACCAUGUUGUUUUGGUUAUGCCGUUUGUACCUCAUCAGAGAUUUACGGAUUACUUGUUGAAGUUAUCAGUACGGGACACAAGUCGCUACAUGACAGCUCUGUUUGAGUCGCUCGCACACGUACAUUCUAAAGACGUUGUGCAUCGAGACGUCAAACCAUCCAACUUCCUACAUGAUUCAAAGACCAAGAGUUUCUGUCUCGUCGACUUUGGCCUGGCCCACAAGGUUGGAGAUGACCCUCUGCUGUUGACUAUCAAUCAACCAGUCAAACCUCUCCGGCGCUCUUCUUCUAGUAGCCAUUCACGGUCCACCAGUCAUGGUACAUCACGCUCAGCUUCCAAGGCGACACCGUUGUCAUCCACGUCCAAGGCAGCGUUGUCAAGGCAGCACUCAGGAACAUCACGUCGAGUGUCCUCACGCUUGGCAUCCAGUCCACGUAAGCGACCAGCAGAGGUGGUCAAGGCGGAGAGCAUCAGCAACCACAAACGGCUGGUGACACGCAUGCUGCAUGCAAAGCCCAUUUUGGAACAUGCUACCGAUCAUGAGCAUACGCAGCAUGGUACUGGUGUUGCUGCUGCUGCGGCUGAUGCUGGCUCCCCAGUACUACCCCAACAACAGCAGAGAAGUAGCCCUCGCAAGCGCAAGCACCACCAACAGGAGGAUCAACGACAUACAGAUCAACUCCAGGAAAUGGACCAGAAGCUUCCGGAUCGUCACAAGGAGGUGGAUGAGAAGCUACCGGAUUGGCAACAGCAAAAAGAGCGCGACCGUCGUGAAAAGCAGUCGGCUACUGAAAGUUCUGUCACCAGCAAACGUCGCCCCGAUCAACCUCAGGCGGCGGCAGGUGAUGUGAAGCGGCGCUACCGUGAAUCGGAUACAAGUCAUCCUCCAUCAUUACAUCGUCAGCGCUCAUUGUCUGCUAAAACGACCAAUGAGCAACAGCAUGUCCUCGGUAGAAAGGGUAGCAAGGAUCCGACUGUGUCAGGUGAGCGGACAAACCUUAGUAUGUCUGCUAAUCAUCAUCAACAGCGUCUGCACAACAGCAGGACAGCUGCUCAUGGGUCUUUGUCUGCAGCUGCUGGUGCCAGCCAUUUAGCCACACGAUCUGUUAGUAGUCGAACCACUGCGAAGGCUGGUGCUGGUCUGGGUACUAUGUCAAGGACAAGAUCUCGGUCAAUAUUAGACCCAACUGUAACCACGGCAACUGUGCUAUCCACGACUGUUAUUGGCAGUCGGCAUCUCUCCUCUCUCUGCCCCAUUGGUCACAAACCCACGGCUGUGUGUACUGUCUGUAACGGGAGAUCAUCCCAGAUCGUUACCCGGGCAGGCACCCCCGGUUUUAGGGCCCCAGAGGUGCUGCUCAAGUACCCGGACCAGACAACUGCUGUGGAUAUCUGGGCAGCUGGUGUAAUCUUCCUAUGCCUGCUCUCAGCACGCUAUCCAUUCUUCAAAGGACCUGAUGACAUGACUGCACUCGCACAGAUUGUAUCCAUAUUUGGCUAUGACCAGUGCGCUGAGGCAUUCGAAUCACUGGGUAAACAAAUCAUCGCGAGUCCAACUUGCCCGCCAUGUGACUUGAGACAUGUCUGUGAGCGACUACGUAACAGCAAGACAUCAAAGACAGCAUCUCCACCUCCAUCCUCGACCGUACCCACCCCCUCAAUUCCUGGCAACGGCGUUACAACAGAAACAGGAGCAGCCACGGCGAAGACAACAGCGGACGCCUCGUCAACGAUGACAGGUCUGCGAAGAAGUCCACGUAAGAGAGGCCCACCAAGUCGCCAUGACAACACAGUAGUGUCUGCAGUAGCCACUAGUACAGCAGCAACCACUACUGCAGCGACCACUACUGCAGCGAGCACAGCUGCAUCAGCAGCUAGUGUUCCUAUCUAUUCGCCAAUGGCAUCAGAGUCCACCAUACAAAGUCUGAGAACUAAUUUUCACGUCAAAGUCAGCACCUCACUGCCUCCCAACACUCCUGCUGCAGUCGCAGGCGCAGCUGCUGCCGGCGGCAUCGGGGGUGGUGGUGGCGGCGGCGUAGUCAAUGACAACAGCCAUGGUAACAGUGGUAGUAACACAGCUCACACCACAUCUGACACAACUAACUCUGACACUAAGCGAGCUGAACAGCGUCGGAGGAGCAGCAAAGAGUUUUGCACAGAGUCAGCAGCAGCAGCGGCACAUGCAGAUAGUGGUGGAAACGAUGGUAACAGCCGUCGUCUUGACAACACUAGUAAACAUCGCCACUUCAUCCAGGUUCUACUGCCCCCUAGUGCUAGCGCCGUGAAAGCACAAAAAGACAAACUGCAGAAGAACACAACAGGCGUAACUGCAAGUGAUACUGCAGCUGCUGCUACGCCUGCUGCAUCUACUAGUGCAGCUGCUGCUGCUGCUGCUGUGUCGCGUGAUGGUAAUGGUGCUGCUGCUGCUGCCGGCAUUGGACAGAGCGAUGGUGGGGUUGUCAUGGCUACCUGCCAAGCAUCUGCUACAUCACCACCGCUGUCAUCAUCAUCGUCAUGGCAACCACGCCGAUGCAGUACGUGUAAGCAGGUGUUAUCUGGUGAACCGGAUACCGAUGACAAUGUGUGUUGGUGCUGUGUUCCAGAUAGUGCGUAUGAUCUACUCCGCCGAUGUCUGGAUUUGAACCCACUGACACGCAUCACAGCCAGUCAAGCGCUCAGCCAUCCUUUCCUCGACUUGGCAAAGUAAACAGAAAUUACUGUUUGUUUGUGACUGCUCCAUGCUGGAGAGAGAUAGAGAGAGAGAGGAGGUGGGCAUGGUUGCUUUGCUCUCUCUCUCUCUCUCUCUCUCUCUCUCUCUCUCUCUCUCUCUCUCUCUCUCUCUCUCUCUCUCUCUCUCUCUCUCUCUCUCUCUCUCUCUCUCUCUCUCUCUCUCUCUCUGCUGUUGCUGCCUCCGCCACACACAACACUGUGGAGAACGACCAAAACUUUUAGUGAACAUUAUUUCCUUGCCAGUGUGUGCCUUGAAAGCAACCAUUUGACUUAACAACACGGCCAUGCAGUCAUGUGAUUGACUUAGCCACAUGGUUAUGCGGUCAUGUGAUAGGCUAGGUCACAUGACUAUCUGACUAACCAUGUCAUGUACAUUGUAUUGACAACAUGCACAAUCUCAGUGUGUAAACUCUGAUGAAUCGUCGCUUGGUUCAUAGAAGA